AUGUGGAGAGAUUUCCCUGAGAGGAAAAACCUUGUUUUCUGGUUACCACAAGCUACAAGGUCUAACCAAAGAUGGGCUGUUGGAGUCACUGUGGCAGUUUCUCAGGUAUCAGACACCAUGGCAAUUAUGGGAUUGAUCAUGUAUGUUAAAUCAAGUAUCACAGGGAGUGGUGUAUAUGGAUCAAAUUGCCCCCAAUGAAUUAUUGCAAUGGAGGCCUGUAACAGCCAUGCCAUUACAUAUGUUCCACUUUACGACACCCUUGGUGCUAAUGCAGUGGAGUUCAUCAUCAACCAUGCUGAAGUUUCAAUAGCUUGAGAGAACAAAAUCCCUGCUAUUAUAUCAUGCCUUCCAAACUGUUCGACGCAUUUAAAAACAAUUGUCAGCUUCACAGAUGUUUCUAGCACUCAAAAGAAGGAAGCAGAAGAACUGGGGGUAUCUUGCUUUUCGUGGGAGGAAUUCUUUCAGUUGGGAGAUUCAGAUUGUGAACCACCUCCAAAACAGAGGACUGCUGUUUGCACAAUAAUGUAUAGAACGACUGGAGAACCAAAAAGCGUAAUCGUUAGUAAUGCAGCAUUAAUGUCAGAAGUAUUGUCAAGACAAUAUACUUUCCUAACAGAUAGAGUGUGUACAAACGAAGAUUCAUAUUUCUCGUUUCUCCCGUUGGCCCAUAUAUAUGACCAAAUAAUCGAGAGCUAUUGCAUCUACAAGGGAUCUUCAAUAGGCUUCUGGCGAGGCGAUGUCAGGUUUUUACUGGACGACCUUCAGGAGCUAAAGCCUGCUAUGUUUUGUGGGAUUACUCUAGCGUAUGAUCGUAUAUACACUGGUAUUGCUAACAAGGUUUCAUCUGGUGGUGUGCUGAGGAAGACCCUUUCCCAGUAUGCAUAUAACUACAAGUUGGCAAAUCUGGAGAAGGGUUCACAAGAAAAAGCGGCACCUCUCUUGAACAAGCUUGUAUUUAACAAGAUAAAACAAGCAUUAGGAGGACGAGUUCGUAUAAUGUUGUCUAGUGCUGCGCCUUUGCCCAGGCAUGUGGAGGAAUUUUUGACGGUCACCAGCUGCAGCACUUUAUUACAAGGAUAUGGACUUACUGAAAGCUGUGGUGGCUGUUUUACGUCCAUUGGCAAUGUUUAUCCUAUGAUUGGAACUGUGGGUGUCCCCUUGACAACUAUUGAAGCACGGCUUGAGUCAGUCCCAGAACUGGGAUAUGAUGCACUUUCUAGUGUGCCACGUCUAGAGAUUUGCCUAAGGGGGAAAACCUUGUUUUCUGGUUACCACAAGCGACAAGAUCUCACUGAAGAAGUCCUUAUUGAUGGGCGGUUCCAUACAGGUGAUAUUGGAGAAUGGCAGCCUGAUGGAGCAAUGAAAGUUAUAGACAGGAAAAAGAACAUAUUUAAACUGUCUCAAGGUGAAUAUGUUGCUGUGGAAAGCAUUGAAAGCAAAUACUUGCAAUGCCCCCUUAUCACAUCGAUUUGGGUUUAUGGGAACAGCUUCGAGUCAUUUCUUGUUGCUGUGGUUGUUCCAGACAGAAAGGCCUUGGAGGACUGGGCAGCUGAGCAUCAUUUGACUGAUGACUACAAAUCAUUGUGUCAAAAUAUGAAGGCAAGAAAAUACAUUUUGGAUGAGCUCACUAGUAUGGGUCAGAAACAGCAAGUGUGUGCUCCAUCCCUGGUUCAUGCUAUGUUGCUUAAGUUUAUUCAUCUGACUUACAAGACAUUUUUAUUGCAGCUCUGA